CCAAGCGACUGCCUCACUACGCAGGCGCCACUAUUCGGGGCGCAUGCGCAUCUCGUUCUCGGCCUGGGAGAAAUUUCCUUUUCCACGCCCGCUGUGGCAGUCUCCUGUCUCCUCCCAUCUUCUCCAUUUUUCUAGUCCGUGCAGGAUUUCAAUAGAAUAUUAUUUGGAGAAGGUGUCAUGGAAGUUCUGCGCCCACAGCUUGUAACAAUUGAUGGACGAAAUUACAGGAAGAACCCUAUCCAAGAGAAGACUUACCAACAUGAGGAAGAUGACGAAGAUUUCUAUCAAGAUGCAAUGGAGUAUGCUGAUGAGCCCUGUGAUGCCUAUGAGGUGGAGCAGACCCCGCAAGGAUUCCGGUCUACCGUGAGUGCUCCCAGCCUGCUCUACAAGCAUAUAGUUGGAAAGAGAGGGGACACUAGGAAGAAAAUAGAAAUGGAGACCAAAACUUCUAUUAGCAUCCCUAAACCUGGACAAGAGGGAGAAAUAGUGAUCACUGGCCAGCAUCGAAAUGGUGUAAUUUCAGCCCGAACUCGGAUUGAUGUUCUUUUAGACACUUUUAGAAGAAAACAGCCCUUCACUCACUUUCUUGCCUUUUUCCUCAAUGAAACUGAAGUUCAAGAAGGAUUCCUGAAGUUCCAGGAAGAAGUGCUGGAAAAGUGUUCCAUGGAUCGUGGGGUUGAUAGCUCCAUUUUCCAGAAUCCCAAGAAACUUCACCUAACUAUUGGGAUGUUGGUGCUUUUGAGUGAGCAAGAGAUCCAGCAGACAUGUGAGAUGCUACAGCGCUGUAAGGAGGAGUUUAUUAAUGACAUUUCUGGGGGCAAACCCUUGGAAGUAGAGAUGGCCGGAAUAGAAUACAUGAAUGAUGAUCCUGGCAUGGUGGAUGUUCUUUAUGCCAAAGUCCAUAUGAAAGAUGGCUCCAACAGGCUGCAGGAAUUAGUUGAUAGAGUGCUGGAACGCUUUCAGGCUUCUGGACUAACAGUGAAAGAGUGGAAUAGUGUGAAACUGCAUGCUACAGUCAUGAAUACCCUGUUCAGGAAAGACCCCAAUGCUGAAGGCAGGUACAAUCUCUACACAGCGGAUGGCAAAUAUAUCUUUAAAGAAAGAGAGUCAUUUGAUGGCCGGAACAUUUUAAAGUUGUUUGAGAACUUCUACUUUGGUUCCCUAAAGCUCAAUUCCAUUCACAUCUCUCAGAGGUUCACAGUAGACAGCUUUGGAAACUAUGCCUCCUGUGGACAAAUUGACUUCUCCUGAGGUGGAUCUUGGGAAGCUCUGGAAACUGAACAUCUUAUGAGGGCAGCAGCAAGGAAAUGAUGAUAUCAGCAGACUGUGCGGAGUAUGCUGGAAGAAUGUCCUCAGCAGAAGGCGCCUGCUUCUUUCAGCAGAGCAACAGAGGGAGGGGUGCCCCCAGCAUGGCUUGCCAGCUGUCCCAUCAGUCCUCCCAGGUGCUCUGCUGGGGAGCUCCAGUCCUCCUCCCUCAUUACAGUCUUUCUCCCUACAUGUCCCCUCCUUCCUCGUUUCUUCUUUCCUUAAUCUUGAGUUUUAUUUUCCGUUCUGUAAGUCUCAAACCUGUGUGUCUGGGGAGCUACAUUGUGAGGACUGUGUCUAACCACAUUCAAGGAUCUAUCAGUGGGAUUGCACAGGUCAUUUGUGAAUAAAUGAAUUUGCAAAGUAA